AUGUUCCUAGCCAGACUGGCGCAGUUGGUGGUGAACUCGGGGGGCUGCGGCCCGCUGGUGGAGCUACUGGCCGCGGGGGGUGCGGCGGGGUGUGCGGGGGGCGCGGCGGUGCCGGCCGCCAUGGCGCUCGGCUUCAUCGCCGGACAGUCCGACCAGCUCGCCAUGGCUGUCAUCGAGGCAAAGGCGGUGCCAGGUCUAGCGAGCAUGCUGCAGGGCGCCGACAGCGAGGAGGCGGCGCUGGCGGCGGCGUGGGCGCUGGGCCACGUGGGCAAGCACUCCCCGCAGCACAGCCUCGCCGUGGCCGUGGCGAAUGUCUUCCCCGCGCUUAUGCAGCUUUACACUGACCCAAAAUCAUCAGCUGAGGUGAAAGGGCGAGCUUGUUGUGCCUUGAAGCAGGUGCUGCAGUGCUGCCUGCACCGCCCCGCCCUGGAGCCCAUGCUGCACGCCGCGCCGCCCAGCAUACUCAAAUAUGUGCUGGCACAGUAUGCCAAAAUACUGCCUAACGAUGCCCAAGCUCGUAGACUAUUUGUUUCCACGGGAGCCUUGAAAAAAGUACAGGAAAUCGAAACCUCACCUGGAACAUCUUUGAUGGAGUAUAAAAAUAUAAUCAACAGCUGUUUCCCGGAAGAAAUAGUUAGGUAUUAUACUCCAGGAUAUUCGGAUGCGUUGCUGGACAGAGUCGAAGCGUAUACCCCUCAGAUUCCUGAACUAUUUACCGACAAAGUGCCCAGUGACUGCCAAAGUGAAAUAACUAUAGAAAAUGGUCAAAAAUAAAAAUGCUUUUCUAUUUCUCCAUGUAUUAUAAUUUAUUGUAAAAUACAAUCUAAAUUGUUUGUUCAUACAAUAAAUUGUUACUACCUUUC